AUGGUCAGCCACGUCGCCGCCGGGUCUGGCCAGCGGCAGGCGGCCCAGCGGGAGGCGUCGAGGAGGGCGGGCGAGAGCAGCUGGGGGCCGCCCGGGCGCGCGGGCAGCGGGUUGAACCGGGGGGCGAGCGGGGCCUCGCGCGGUGCUGAGCCGGGCGGGGCCGAUGGCGCGGCGUCGUCGAGCAACGGGCGGGCGCUGCGGAGGGACAGCUCGAGCAGGCUGGCGCGCAGCACGUCCUCGUUCGGGCGCUCCCUGAGCCGCAGGGUCUCCAAGCGGCCCUCCGGGUUCCUCAAGAUGCGCGACCUGAUGCAGGCCGAGGCCGAGAUGCAGCGGCACUCCCAGGAGCUGCAGGCGCAGCACAGGGCACGGGCGGCGCCCUCCGACCUCAGGCAGCAGCUCAGCGGGGGGUCCUCGCGGGCGUACUUGACGUCGCCCUGCCAGGCCAUCGCGGAGGGACGGAUGUCCGGGCCGCCCGAGCUCAACGAGCUCUUCAGGCAGCUCAGCGCCGACGAGCGCGGGCGCAGGGCCAGGCCGGAGGCCAGCCACAGCCGGCGCGGCCUCCUCUCGGGCGGCCCCAGCGGGACGGGCUUCCUCGCGGCAGUAGACGAACACGAGCACAGCAGCCACCGCCACACGCCAGACGACUCGCAGGCGAAGCCAGAGAGUCCGUCCCGGCCGGGGCUGCGGCGCCCCGUAGCGAUCCUGCAAUCGAUUCGGAACAUGUCCUCUCGGAUCAGCGCGGGGCGGUCGUCGAACGGCGACGCAGGCCCGAGCGGGCGGUCCGCCACGGAGGCGGAGGCGGAGGCUUUGCCGCGGGCGCUGCCCACGGAGAAGCGGAUGCGGUUUGCGUCGAGCGCGGCGAGCCCGGGGGACUCGCGGAGACAGGCCACGGCGGCGUCGGAGACGAUGCACGACGAGCGGAGCGUCGCGGAGUCGCACCUGGCGGCGAUGGCGAGCGGCCUCGCCAAGGGGGAGCCGUUGCACGGGCAGGACAGCGACGACGAGGGGUACGCGGCGCACUUUUGGACGCGCCACGGGCACCGGAAGCGGUACUUCGGGCAGGACGUGUCCAAGUGGAAGAAGAAGGGCCCUCAGGGGGCGGUGUCGAAGCGGGGGCGCGGCCUCAUGCCGGUGCUGACGCGCGCGUUCACCACGCAGACCCGGCGCACCAGCGUCCACGCGGACGAGCCCGACGCGGUGCGGCCGUUCGGGUGCUUCCGGAGGAAGCGCGCCGCGGCCCCGGAGGACACCCGGCGGCAGCUGGCGCCGCACGCGGGCGCGAUCGCGCGGUCCCGCACGCUGGCGCACCCCAUGACGCUCAUCAACCGCAUCAAGCAGUUCGGGCGCGUGGACCCGCCGGGCGUGCGGCUGAUCCGCUUGGUGCAGCAGGAGCCGCACUUCAUGGGCCGGCGCCUGCUCAACCUGUACCGCGUCCUGACCGUCCUGGGGUACGGCCACGUGUACUCCUUCACGGUGGCCGAGGUGGUGAUGAUCUUCAACUGCCUGGGGCUCGUGGUGUCGGAGUCGAUCGUGUACCACCUCCUCGCCGAGAUGGACAUGCUCCCGGAGACGAGCCGCGUCUCGCGGGACGAGUUCGCGCUGUUCUACCUCGUGCACGAGGAGCGCAUGCGCUCCGAACACGCGCUGCUCGAGGACGCGUUCCGGGUGUUCGACAUCGACGGGUCCGGGAAGCUCUCCGUCGGGGAGAUCUCCAGCACGCUCAAGGACCUGGGCGACAUGAUCACGCCGCGGGAGGCGGCCGCGUUCAUGCACAUCAUGCAGAAGAUGGACCGGGACUCCGACAGCACGCUCACGUUCGGGGAGUUCAUCGCCACGCACAUCGAAGGCUGGGAACUCAUGGAGCGCGUCGGGCAGAUUCCGGAUCACUGUUUGCUGGCGCCCGCCUCGACGCCGUUCUCGAGGGCCGUCGCCAAGCGCACGCGGGAGUUCAUUGAGAACCCUGACAGGCGGAUCUCGACGGACAUCGACGACAGGCGGCAUUCCCUCGAGGCCGGAACCUCUCGUGGGACCAUGGCGCCGUCCGAGGGCUUCUCCGAGGACGAGGAUGGCGACCCAGUGCUCAAGAGGCUGAUUCUCGUACAGCAUAUGCUUGAAGCAGAGAUGCGGCCCGUACCCGUCAGCGGGACCCCACGCACCACCAAGAGAGGGUUGCGGAGGUCGGUUCUCGGCGGCGUGAAAAGCGGAAUGUCGGAAGCGCUGCUGAGCCCGAUCUCCCGCACUGCGCGAAGCAUGCUGGGCGGGCUGCAUGACGAAGAUAACGAAGUGUCUUCGCACCAGUCGAACUUCCUGAGCAAGUUCCGCCUCAAGAGCAUGAAGAGCAUGAAGAGCAUCAAGGGCGCAGUCUCCGGGCUCAACCUGCACAAGAGCCUCAAGACCAAGCGCGAGGCCGGCGUCGCUGAGGACGAGGGUCCCUCAGCGCCAGGGAAGAAGAUGGCGCUGCGCACGAAGACGGCACCCGGGGCGGAGCUGGUGGCUGCAGACGAGCCGGGACCUAGCAAGUCGAAGCGGUCGAGCCGCGAGGUGCCGCGCAGACGGAACCGUCAGACUGGCGCGUCGGUCGCUUUCGACGUGGGCUCGGAUCGUGGCGACUCGCCCCCGCGGGCCUCCGAGACCGAGGACGAGGGCAAGGGCAAACGGAAGGGUGCGCGGGGGCGGUCCGAGGUCGGCGACGACCCGCGGACGCCGCGCACCUCGAAAAAGGGCGCCAAUCGCUCCGUGACGUUCACGGGCGGGGCGAAGAGCCCCGCGGAGCGCCUGCCGCCGGCCAAGGCGGGGGACACGCCCAAGCAGGCGGGGCGCUCCGCGGCCACGUCGCGCGCCACAUCGCGGGGUUCUCGCGCGGCGAAAUCCGAGAAGCAGCUCUCGAUGGCGCCCGAGACGCCGCUGCCCCAGAAGACGGUUUCAGGGGUGAGCGGCGCUGUCGUGCUGCGUACGAUGACGCUCACCGCGCUCAAGGUGGACCGCGCGGACGACGGAGACGGGGGGGUGAAGAGGCCGAUCGGGAGCCGGCACACGACCUGGCGCUCGGGCAUGUGGACCCGCGGCAAGUUGAUCCCGCCGGGCGACGUCUCCCUCGAGCUGGAGCAGUCGCCGCAGGACCGGGCGGCGUUCGGGAGGGCGCUGCAGCUGCGCCUGGUCGAGCUCGAGCGCACGCUUCGCUGGACCAUGGCCAACCUCGCAAACAAGCUGUCAAACAAGAAGGGCGAGGAGGAGGAGGACGAGGAAAAGCUGUUGUCGAAGCGUCAGGUGUCGGAGUACAACCCGGAGAAGCACACGCAGGCCGACCGGCUCUUCAAGGCCACGGCCGCCGUGGUCUCCGGAGUGGAGCUGCGGCGCAGCGGGGCCGAAGGAGCCGCCAGUCCGCGCGCCGUGCGGAAGAUCGGCGUGGCGGACAUCCUCGGCAACAACAACGGGUUCAAAGAAGCCGGCAUGCAAAUGCGGGACCCGCGCAACAUCAUGCGCAUGAUGCACGACACGCCGUCCGCGCGGGACGGUCUCGCCCAGAAGAAGCCGCAGAACGCGAUGGCGUCUCGGAUGCUGUCGGCGGCGCGCAGAUCGAUGGAGGCGGAGGUCUCCCGACGCAGCGGCAGGAGCGCGGGCAGCCAGGCCGACGCCUCAGGCAGCGCCAGACAGGGGACUGCAUCGGAAGCUCGUGAGUCCGAGGCGGAGGCGAGCGAGCUUCCCGCUGUCGUCGAGCCUCCGUCGGGGUCGAUCGAGAUGGGCGCCCUGACAGCCUUUGGGGGGGGUAAUAGGGUUUCUACCGAGGUGUACGGGCAGGCCGCGACCGCGGAUUCGGACGCCAGGGAGACGCCGAGAGUUGCGAUCGGGCCCGGGGACCAGUCCGCGGGGGUGCGCAUCGUUUCGGAGGUGCAGGACGUGUCGGAGAUUUCUGCGGUGGAGACGGUGCAGGAGCAGCGGCGCAAGCUCCAGCAGCUGGAGAGCGAGCUCAUGGCGAAGGAGCAGGCGCUGCGGGAGAAGCAGGAUCAGCUCGAGGCCGAGCAGCUGCGUCUGCAGCGCACGCAGGACGGCGACGCCAGCGCCGGCGAGCAGCAGCAGCUGCAGUCCAAGGUGGACGCGCUCAGCAGCCAGAUGCAGCGCCUCAACGACAACCUCAUGAACCUGCAGUCCGAGCUCUUCGGGCGCCGCGGGGGCGGCCGCGACGCCCGCGAGGGCCGCAGCCGCGCCCGCCGCCGCGUCGCACCUGCGCCCCUCACUCAGGGCCCGCUGGUGGCCAUCGGCGCGACGGGCGUCGAAAGCGACGACCCGCCCACGGACGCCGGCGUCGCCACCGAGCCCCCGCGUCGCCGGCUCCCACAGGUGGCGCCCGCGGCGGACUCGGAGCCGCAGGGGCACCGCACGCCCCCGCGCGGCAUGUCGCGGUCGCGCGUCACCCCGCUGCCCCCACCGAUGGCGCGUCCCGAGCCCAUGCCUUCGUCCGUCUCGAGCGGGGCGACGCUGCUCGGCGUGGAGCGGUCAACGGACAAGAUUGGGGUGGGGUCGCACUCAGGGCGCGGACCUGCCAUCUCGGGGCUGACCACCACGCCCGAGCACCCCGCGCCUCCCGCUCCGUCGCCUGGGCGCGCCGAGGCGGACUUGGCUACUGGGGAGUCGCACCGCGCGAUGAUGUUGGCGGUGGGGCACGACGUGGUGCGCCCCACCACGGCCGAGCAGCAGCGCGCUGGGAGAGACACCCCCGAGGGGCUCCCGCUCGCGAUGGCCAAGGCAGAAGCGGCUGGAUCGGUGGCGAGCGGGUCGCCGUCGCAGCAGCCGUACGACGAGCAGUCGGACGCCACCACCCUUGUUGGCCGGCAGCGCCCCAAGUCGACGCAGCGCGUGGACAGCGGGGGCGAGAUGACGGACCCGCACCAGCCGGUCUCCCCGCAGAGGGCGGGUCCUGCGUGA